CAGAAACAUAGGAGGAGAAACAACAUUGACCUCGCCGGGGAGUAUUGGUUUGUCGGAAGUGACUCGUCCUGUUAAGAAGCUUUUAUAUUUUAUCGUUCACUUACUGGUGGUCACUAGUAUAUGACACCUGGGUUUGCAAAUAAGAUGAAAGGAAGAUCUCGCUGUUGAACCUUGCCCCCCCCCUCCUAUCACCUGCGAGCAUCACCUGGUCUCAACGUUUCGGGACUUUCCAGAAGCCACCCGUCUCCUAGGAGUGUGUUGCCAGUGCCGGCUUCUGUACAUCUCGGCCUUUACGCCAGAGAGCGAGUGGGACACUCCCCCCGACACACACACACACACGUGCACGCACACUCCGGAGAGGAGCUGAGCAGAGUGCCGUGUAGUGGCAGACACACACGUGCACACACACACACAGAGAUACACACACACACCCCUGCAACAAACGGCUGCAGCAGAGGCAGCACCCCAACCCUGCAGCCACCAUGGUGCUGUCGCAGAGGCAACGUGACGAGCUAAAUCGAGCGAUAGCUGAUUACCUCCGGUCCAACGGCCAUGAAGAGGCAUACUCCGUUUUUAAGAAAGAAGCAGAGAUGGACAUGAAUGAGGAAUUAGACAAGAAAUAUGCAGGCCUUUUGGAAAAGAAGUGGACAUCAGUCAUCAGAUUACAAAAGAAAGUUAUGGAACUGGAGUCCAAGCUGAGCGACGCUAAGGAGGAGAUCACCCUAGGAGGCCCCAUCGGCCAGAAGAGGGACCCCAAAGAGUGGAUCCCUCGGCCCCCAGAGAAGUACGCCCUGAGCGGCCACAGGAGCCCCGUCACACGCGUCAUAUUCCACCCGCUCUUCAGCGUCAUGGUGUCCGCCUCCGAAGAUGCCACUAUUAAGGUUUGGGACUAUGAGGCGGGAGACUUUGAGCGCACCCUGAAGGGCCACACGGACUCUGUGCAGGACAUCUCCUUUGACCAGUCGGGCAAGCUGCUGGCCUCGUGCUCCGCGGACAUGACCAUCAAGCUCUGGGACUUCCAGGGCUUCGAGUGCAUCAGGACCAUGCAUGGCCAUGACCACAACGUGUCGUCAGUUGCCAUCAUGCCCAACGGUGAUCACAUAAUCUCUGCAUCCAGAGACAAGACCAUGAAGAUGUGGGAGGUAGCCACUGGCUACUGCGUGAAGACGUUCACGGGCCACAGGGAGUGGGUGCGCAUGGUGCGGCCCAACCAGGACGGCACGCUGCUCGCCAGCUGCUCCAACGACCAGACGGUGCGCGUGUGGGUGGUGGCCUCCAAAGAGUGCAAGGCCGAGCUGCGGGAGCACGAGCACGUGGUGGAGUGCAUCUCCUGGGCGCCCGAGAGCGCACACCCCACCAUCCUGGAGGCCACCGGCUCAGAGAACAAGAAGAGUGGCAAGCCUGGUCCAUUCCUGCUCUCUGGCUCCAGAGACAAGACCAUCAAGAUGUGGGAUGUCAGUACGGGCAUGUGUCUUAUGACGCUGGUUGGCCAUGAUAACUGGGUGCGUGGCAUCAUGUUCCACCCCGGUGGCAAAUUCAUUGUGAGCACCGCCGACGACAAGACCCUGCGCAUCUGGGACUACAAGAACAAACGCUGCACCAAGACCCUGACGGCCCACGAACACUUUGUAACCUCUCUUGAUUUCCAUAAGACGUCUCCCUACGUGGUGACCGGAAGCGUAGAUCAAACAGUCAAAGUCUGGGAAUGCCGCUGAUCCCAUCGGCGAGGCUCCUCCCCUUUUCCCAUCUGCCCGCCCCUUCCAAGUCACUCAUCCUCCAGGAAGCACUCAUCACCGUGGUUACCACACCCCAACCCGCCGCCCCACCCCCCGCCCCACCCCCUUUAUCCGAGCUGUCGGCAUAACUAUCUUCCUCCUAUGUAAAUUAUUCUGGGUGUAGAACUGAGCUUAUUAAAACAUUAUACACAUGGCACACACACUUGAGAAGGAAAAAAAAAAGUAUUCUUGCAUGGUAAAACCCCAAAAACUUAUACACUGUAAAUUUGCAUUACCAUUGUGUAGAGAGGUAUGGUAGAGUUAAACACACAGGAGCUGAUGCUCUGAACCCUGGACAAGGACACACACACACUUGAGGCGGCGAGUGCAGUCCAGGGAGCUCAAACACAGGGCACUACUAAACCGAACUUUUCUGUCCUUUUUUUCCCCUUUUCUUUCUCUUUUUUCUUUCUUUUCUGCCCUUGUUCCCCUCUUCUCUCAUUUUUCUGCUGUCACAUCUAUCUCUUGCUGCCGCAGUUUGUACACUGUCAGUGCCUAAGGGAGAGAGACGGAGGAGGAGAGAGGUAGAGGUGGAUUUUUAAGACAACAUAGUGCAUUUCGUCCCCUCUAAACGUAAUCUACCCCUCGUGUUACCAUGGCUUUGCACAGAGGAGCCUGUUGUUUUAAACUCACAUUGAAGUAUAAUGGAUCCCCCCCACCCCACCCCCCCUGUGUGUUUGUAUUUUAAAUCUCAGGUCAGCCUGGAGUCCUUAACAAGCAGGUGAAUGUGGCUGACAUCCAGUGCAUACUCCUUUCUCUAUGUAAAGGCUAUUUCCCCCCAAUCCAGUUAGCCAAGCGUCUAUCAGUCAUGUCAUGUCAUUUCAUGUCAUGGACCUCCCUGUUAGUCUAGAGCUUGGGGACGACCCUGAUCACGAGUUUGGUGGCGAUCUCAAACCCACAGGGAAGUAUUUUCCACAUUUCCCCCUAAAAAAAGAGUAGAUGAGAACCAUAUGCAGUUAAGUGGGCAUAAACAGUAUAUGUUAAACAUUUUCCAAAAUGUUGAUUUUUGUUUAGAAAAAAAAAAAAAGAAAAAAAUAUGAUGCAAUUAUGUCCCGUCCCCCCUCCCCGCCAUGAUCUCCUCUGUAGACAGCUACACUGACCAGUGCUCAGUCCACUCCCUUCCUCAUGACGUGCACUUCCACCUUCCACACACAAGCCAGUAUGUGGACACUCAUCACUAAAGACUAAAGCUCAGAAGGUCCCCCCCUAGUGUCUAGCACUACGGUAGAGGCAGCCCAAGCAACCCCUCCCACUGUUGACAGGCAAGAAGCGUCGACACCGCUGCAGUUGGGGUCUUUAGCAAUGAUAUAAAGAGACCUACUCUGCCACUGUAGAUUGGCCUGAGAAGUUCGUCUGUCCGGGCACUAACAAGAAUGGGCCGCUCUCCUGACCCCCUGACCCCCACCCCACCCCCACCCCUACACACACACACACACACACGUGCGCGCACACACACACACACACACACCCAACUGCCCAGCAGUUUGUUCACUCAUUCAAACGCCCACAGGCCUUCUAGACUAGCACAGAAGCUAGUUCACAAGGGGGGGGUGGGGUUCUCGAAAGGUCACCACAGUGACCGCGUGUACAAAGACCACUUUCACAGAACCAUUUGCUUGAAUGGGGAUUUUUGGGGAGGGAGGGUGGGGCAUUGGGGUGCAUUCUAGAAUAUUAUCGCCUGCGAAACCGAUCCAUUCUGCUGCUUCUCUGCUUUUGUCAUCUGCCUGUGUAUCUGUACAUGAACCUGUCAGCUGCUGCGCUGGAGCGAGCGUGUGUGAGCGUGUGUGUGUGUGUGUGCGUGCGUGUGUGUGUGUGUGUGCGCGUGUGUGUACAUCAUCCAUCUAAAGAAAGCUUUUGACCUGUUCAGUGGUACGGCUCAAGUGUCGUUGCACUGAAGGAGCUAUCUCGUCAGGCUCUUCUCUCGGAUCGGAGUGUGUGUGUGUGUGAUGUCCUAUAGUUUUUGUUGCUGUUUUUUUUUUAUGGUUCUAUGUUUGUUGCUGAGAGAGUGUGUGUGUGUUUUGUGUAUGUUUUGCAUUUGUCUAAACUGACAAAAUUCUAACGUCUAGAGAGAAAGCCCUCCCAGGUAGAUCAAUAUGUGCAAUAAGUAAUAGGCUGCUCUGUGCGUCUCAAGAGCUCCGUUUUGUAUGUAUGUAUGUAUGUAUGUAUGUAUGUAUGUAUGUAUGUAUGUAUGUACUGUAUGUAAGUAUGUUUGUGCAAGCUAUAUACAUGACUAUAGGAAAAGCUCUUCCUUUCUUUCAAGGGGAUUGUGGGGGAUUUAAAAAAAAAAAAUAUGAGAAGCUGGAAUCAAUGGGGAGGAGUAUAGUUCAGGAGGUGAAUAGAGGAGAGGAAGGGGGGGGGGGCGCAAAAAUCACCUCCCCGACACCUUUUCAGGAGGAAGACGCUAUAGAAGCUGAAAGGACGUAACCAAUUCCCAUCGUUGUGUACGUAGAUAACCGCGUGGUCUGGUCAGCCCAGGCCUGCGAGCCCGUGGAGCUGACCAGAGACCGGCGCAAAAAAUGUCCAACUGUCUUUUUCUCUGCCUUGUAUACUGAGGGCCGUCUGACUUAACAGGAUUUUACUCUGCUUUUGUGAUCUCACUGUUCACUCACUCACUCACAUUACACUCUCUCACACACAGACACACACACACAUACACACACAGACAGACAGACACACCGACUCAAGCACACACAUUCCCUCACUCAGACACACACACACAUGCACACAGACCUACACUUACUCAGACACGGGCACACACAUGCACACAGUAAAAUUGUGUACCGAUAUAUCUGGAUGUCAUUGUUUGCAACAUAAUUAAAAAUAAUAAAGAUGUGUAAAUACAUGAAAA